UUGGGUGCUCCUCCAAGGGCUUUAUGCCCUUGAAUAAGAUGAAAAGCUUAGGCCAUGGACUUUCUGUCUUCGGUUCUGUGCUAUAUUGAUAUUUAUCUGCACCUUUCUGUUCUUACUUUAUUAUUCCGAGCCUCUGACAUACCAACUAAACCUUUUAUUAGCGCAAGAGAGCAGUGAAAUUUUACUGUUUUGUAUCUAUUUUAGUAUUCUGUAUUCUUCAUAUCUUGCUCCUGAUGUUUGUGGUUUCAUAGUUCUGCUGUUAACUUCUGCCCAAUUGAAUAGAUAUUAACGACUGCCUUACAAUUCACAGUUCUUUCAGCAACUGGUGGAAUACAGGUUGAAGUACCUGGGAUGAGAAAUGAUGUGGUUGUAAUAGUCUCUGUGGUGAUAUUGAUUGGACUGUUCAGCAUGCAGCACUAUGGUACAGAUAAAGUCAGUUGGCUUUUUGCACCGAUAGUAUUCCUUUGGUUCAUACUUAUUGGAGUCCUUGGAGCGGUGAACAUUUAUAAAUAUGAUAAGUCAGUUCUUAAGGCGUUCAAUCCUAUUUAUGUAUAUCGUUACUUUAAGCGAGGGAAGACUAGCUGGGCUUCCCUAGGAGGAAUCAUGCUCAGCAUAACAGGGACAGAAGCACUGUUUGCCGACCUUUCAUUUUUCCCUGUACAAGCUAUUCAGAUUGCUUUCACUACGGUUGUGUUCCCAUGCCUUCUUCUGCAGUAUACUGGUCAAGCUGCCUAUAUAGCUACGUACAAGAAAAAGGUCAACCAUUCCUUCUAUUAUUCUCUUCCAGAAAGUAUACUUUGGCCAGCGUUCGUCAUUGCAACAGCUGCUGCAAUAGUUUCAAGCCAGGCAACUAUAUCCGCGACGUAUUCUAUUAUCAAGCAAGCACUUGCUGUGGGAUGCUUCCCCAGGGUGAAGAUCAUCCAUACUUCCAAGAAGUAUCUUGGACAGAUAUACAGUCCAGAUAUCAAUUGGAUCCUCAUGAUUCUCUGCAUCGCAGUCACAGCUGGAUUCAAGAAUCAGUCCCAGAUUGCAAAUGCGUAUGGUACUGCUGUCAUAAUAGUUAUGCUCGUGACAACAUUUCUCAUGAUCCCCAUAAUGCUGCUGGUAUGGCGCAGCCACUGGAGCUUGGUCGUCCUCUUCACCGUGCUGUCACUGGCGGUCGAGAUCCCGUACCUGACUGCUGUCAUGCAGAAGAUCGACCAGGGAGGCUGGGUUCCGCUUGUGUUCGCCGUGGCAAUCCUCGUCAUCAUGUAUGUGUGGCAUUACGGCACGCUCAAGCGCUACGAAUUCGAGAUGCACAGCAAGGUGUCCAUGGCGUGGAUCCUCGGCCUCGGGCCGAGCCUCGGCCUUGUCAGGGUCCCUGGGAUGGGCCUUGUGUACACUGAGCUGGCGAGCGGCGUUCCCCACAUCUUCUCGCACUUCAUCACGAACCUGCCGGCAAUCCACUCCACGCUGGUGUUCGUCUGCGUCAAGUACCUACCGGUGUACACCGUGCCGCCAGACGAGCGGUUCCUCGUGAAGCGGAUUGGGCCCAAGAGCUUCCACAUGUUCCGGUGUGUGGCACGGUACGGGUACAAGGACAUCCACCGGAAGGAUGACGAUUUCGAGAAGAUGCUCUUCAGCAGCCUGCUGCUCUUUGUCCGGCUGGAGAGCAUGAUGGAGGAGUACACCGACUCCGACGAGUACAGCGCCCGGGAUCAGCAGGAGCUGAUCCAUGAAGCUAGCAGCGACGCUGACCUCAGCUACGCAUCCCGUGACUCCAUUGUCCCGGUGCGCACCCCGAACCACGGCUCAGGGGGGCAGACGACGAUGACAAUGACGCCGGGGUUCCAGACGGUGGGCGACGAGGUGGCGUUCUUGAACUCGUGCCGGGAUGCCGGGGUGGUUCACAUACUUGGGAACACCGUCAUCCGGGCACGCAGGGACUCGGGGUUCGUGAAGAAGUUCGCCAUCGACUACCUAUACGCCUUCUUGAGGAAGAUCUGCAGGGAGAACAGCGCCAUCUUCAACGUUCCCCAUGAGAGCCUGCUGAACGUUGGGCAGGUGUUCUAUGUGUAGCUCAAACUUCAAACCGAAUGUAAAUCAAUGUGUGUAGAUUAUGUACAGGGAAUUGUACGGCGAUGAAUUUUGAAGUGAUAAUUAUGCAUAUCUGAAAGCUAUAGAAUGUAAACGAACUGGACAAAUUUCAGUGUGGUGCGAUUCAAAUACGUGUUUGAAUCCAAUUAGUACUUCUUUA